CGCGCACACGCAGAUAUUAACAAUGAGUCGCUUUUCUGCGUUGAGCGCGUCCCCUUCGGCACGUGACCAGUGAGCAUAUAAAAGGAAGAGCGUGCCGCUUAUAAGAGUCGCUCCUCGUCACAGUCGGCGGUUUAAACUUAUAAGCAUGGCGUCGACGAGUCGUGCGGAUGCAUUUCCAAAAGUAAGUUGUCCAAAUCAUCCUGAUGCACUCCUGGUGGAGGAUUACAGAGCUGGGGAUAUGAUAUGUUCGGAGUGUGGCUUGGUUGUAGGUGAUCGGGUAAUUGAUGUUGGGUCUGAAUGGAGAACAUUUAGUAAUGACAAAGCUACAAAAGAUCCAUCAAGAGUGGGGGAUACACAGAAUCCUCUGUUAAGUGGUGGAGACUUAAGUACAAUGAUUGGCAAGGGUACUGGUUCAGCAAGUUUUGAUGAAUUUGGAAAUUCAAAGUACCAGAAUCGCAGGACCAUGAGCAGUUCUGACAGGGCAAUGCUGAAUGCCUUCAAAGAAAUAACAAAUAUGGCAGACAGAAUCAACCUUCCUCGUAAUAUAGUUGAUCGCACCAAUAAUUUAUUUAAGCAAGUAUACGAGCAAAAAAGUCUGAAAGGAAGGAGUAAUGAUGCCAUAGCAUCAGCAUGUCUUUAUAUUGCCUGCAGACAGGAAGGGGUACCCAGAACAUUUAAAGAAAUUUGUGCUGUGUCGAGGAUUUCCAAGAAGGAAAUUGGCAGGUGUUUCAAGCUUAUUCUAAAAGCUCUGGAAACAAAUGUGGAUUUGAUUACAACUGGAGACUUUAUGUCGCGAUUUUGUUCAAACUUGGGCCUUACCAAACAAGUGCAGAUGGCAGCUACUUUCAUUGCACGCAAAGCUGUGGAAUUGGAUUUAGUUCCCGGUAGAAGUCCAAUUUCUGUGGCAGCUGCUGCAAUUUACAUGGCCUCGCAAGCAUCUGCUGAAAAGAGAACACAAAAGGAAAUCGGUGACAUUGCAGGAGUUGCUGAUGUUACCAUCAGACAAUCGUACAGACUGAUAUAUCCACGAGCUCCAGAUUUGUUUCCUCCAGACUUCAAAUUUGACACACCUGUUGAUAAGCUGCCACAGCUAUAAAAUGUAACUUUUGACUUUUUUUUUUGUUCCCGUGUCUAUACUGAGCCUCAACAUAUAAUUGAAGAAACCUCUACAGCAAGUUGUGAUAAACCACAUUCCAAGACCGGUGUUUCGUUGCUCAGGUUGCAUUUUCUCCUCUCGCCAAUAUGUAGUUUGCAAAUACUUUCUAUCUUUUGACUCCUAAUAAAAUGUUCCAAAAGCAUCGCUGUACAUCUUCCUGGGAACUAGUGUUCUAUGAAACCAUGGUUCUGCCUCUGCAGAAAAAAGGGGCUGUGUUGGGUAAAGUCUAAACCCAAUAUUUGAUUUGGACAAUUUUACUGUAUUGUACAACAACGUUUACAGUGGACAUGUAAUUUGUGUAUGUGUUUUUAUGAACGUGUGGAGUUUUGUGUUUUCUAUUUAAUAUAUACUCAAAUCUUUAAGCCAAAUGACCUACUGUGAGGUUUUUAAUAGGCGCAUUUAUUUGACUGUAUUGUAACAGCUUGCUUUAGUGUGCGUUCAGCUUGUGAAAAGGGUAAAUUAUUUAAUUUUGGUUAAAUUUGUAAUAUGUAGUUUAUAUGAAGUUGAAAUAUAAUUACAUUGCAUUCAUGAAAUUUUACAAGGCUUUGUAGUAAAACAGUUUGCAUUAA